AUGAAUCCCGCCGCGGCAUCUCACUCGGGUGGCUCGCAGGACGACGCUGCGACUGCUCUGAGAGGCGCCUCGCUUGCCUUUCAGCGUAGUCCAGCAGUGGGAGCUACGUCGCCGCCGCAUCACGGCAAGGACGGGGCCUCGUCCUCGGUCGGCCGGUCGAGAAGUCCGCUUGGAGUGGCUCUGGAUGCCACGGGCGACGGGGGCAGUGGUGCCCACGGCCGUCACGUCGAUUCUCCUGGGUACCGGGCGGGUGUGGUUGCUGCCCGACUGCAUCAGUUGAACGGCUCGCAUGCACAGCUGCAGCCGACGACGUCUGCGCAGCGGCUGGAUCCGAAGAGCCCGAGUUUCAUUGCCGCUACGCUGGCGGCCAGCAGGAGCGUGAGUCCGAGCCCCUUGGCCAGAUCGCCGCGGAGGAAGAGUAGCUUCGGGGCCGCGAGUGUCCUGGGGAACGCGGAUGCCGUUGAUUCGGAGAGCAUUGCUCCCGCGGGCAACUUGAUAUCCAUGUUUGAGGCAGCCCGGGACGGCACCGAAACGACGAGGAAACCAGCACGACGGCGGACGCCGCCUCCUGGAGAACCGGAAGAUGCCACGCGGGGGGUGGACGUGCCGGCAGACAGGAGAGAACCGGCGCCGUCGCCGAAGACAAAGAGUCGUCAUGUACGGCCGCCCACGCCUCUGCAGGGUGCGGAUGAAGCGCGUUCAAGCUCCAUGCCGCCGAAACAACCGCCCACUCCUCCCCAUAGAAGCUCGGAAAAGAUAUCAGCCAUGCCAAUGCCCAAGCCGAAGCCGCCGCGGGAACUGACCUCUCCGCCAAAACCCCCUCCCAACCCUGCGAAACCUCAGCUUCCUCCGCCUGCGGCACCAAAGCCAGGACAGGCUGGGAUGUUGCCACCACCCCCAAGACUUGCCGCCAAACCAGCGCCUAAACCUCUCAAAGUGCGGCUUCCGAGUCCCCCUUCGGUGGUGAGCACGUCUACACCCGAAGUUUUAUCCCCCAAGCCGGUGAGGUUGAUCACGCCCACGCUAGCACCUCCGGUGUUGAGCAGCCCUGGCGCGUACGAUGAAGCCGACUCUUCACCUUCACCAGAUCCCGACAAGCGUACUCAAACUACAAGUCUACGGCCUCCAAAGCCUCCAAAACCCCGGGGAAGCCAGAGACUGGCAGCAAGCAAAUCUGGCAGCCGAAGUCGGCGCCGUGGGAAUUCAGACACGCCCUUGCCCCGUGGCAGCUCAUCCGCAACGCCUCUCACGGAAUUUGGUUUGCCAAUCGUCUCUCCGCCCCCUCCACAGCAACAACAACAGCAGCAACAACCUAUUCGUCACAUACGCCGGAAAAAAACGCCUCCUCCUCUUCCCGCGAGACGACGAGAAUCGGUAGCUAGUGCACCAACAUCCCCUGUUCGCGAUGCGCCUCGACGUCGCCGGCCCACCAACACGUCUACCACCAAUCUACCACUCGAUCCCCUUACCAGCGCCAUGAUGGCCAGUUCCCUCGCUUCCUAUAGACUCACGCCUCACAACACCGGAUCUUCCCUUCCUCCACCGAGUCUGCCUAAACGUCAGAAAUCGCCUCAUCUGCUCCAGACUCUUCGGCAGCCGCAAAGCCACUCCGACGACGACCCAGAACGUCUAAAAAUAGCACACCGCCACAAAUUAUCCAGUAACAAGCACGCGCACCACGAAGGGUCGCGGAAACGAUGGCGGGAUCAAAUCACACAGAGGGAACGCAAACGAUACGAGGCAGUCUGGGCGUCGAAUCGCGGCUACCUGCUCAAUGACGACGGUCCGUCGCAGAGCGUAGACAGUGGCCUGCACAGAAUCGCGGCAGACUGCGUCGCAAACGUGGUGGUUAGGGAGAUUUGGAAGCGGUCCCGGCUGCCGGAAGACGAGCUCGUCGAGGUCUGGGAGCUGGUUGAUCGCGGACACGCUGGGAUGCUGACGAGGCAGGAGUUCAUCGUGGGCAUGUGGCUGAUUGACCAGCGGCUGAGGGGGAGGAAGCUGCCCGUGCGGGUGUCUGACAGCGUGUGGGACAGCGCGAACGGAGUGCGUAUUUCGAAGCCCAAGACCAGGUGA